GCUCCCUGAAAUCCCACCACCAGCCGAGGUCCCAAGAAACAGCAGUCAGACCAUGGACGGCGGCGGAGGCGUGAGGCCAACGCUCCCGUCCGCGGCGGCGGGAGGAGCCUCCGGCCCGGACGAGCCUCGCGACGCGCGCGUGGUGCGGGAGCUCCUCCGCUCGAUAGGGCUGGGCGAGGGCGAGUACGAGCCGCGCGUCGUGCACCAGUUCCUGGACCUGGCGUACCGCUACGUCGGCGACGUGCUCGGCGACGCCCAGGUCUACGCCGACCACGCGGCCAAGCCCCAGCUCGACGCCGACGACGUCCGCCUCGCCAUCCAGGCCAAGGUCAACUUCUCCUUCUCCCAGCCGCCGCCACGCGAGGUUCUACUCGAGUUGGCACGCAGCCGGAACAAGAUCCCGCUGCCCAAGUCUACAGCUCCACCCGGCUCGAUUCCCUUGCCACCCGAACAGGACACAUUGUUGAGUGAAAACUACCAACUACUACCUGCAUUGAAGCCGCCAACUCAGACUGAGGAAGCAGAAGAUGACAAUGAGGGAGCCGGCGCAAGCCCUACCAAUCCUAACCCAAACUAUCCUCAGGAUCAGAGGGGCAGCGAGCAACACCAGCCUCAGAGCCAGAGGGGGGUUUCUUUCCAGCUGAACGCCGCAGCUGCAAAACGUUCUCUAGUGACAAUUGAUCAGUUGAACAUGGGCUAACUAACUGUAGAUCGUUGGCUGGUUCCUAGUGCUUGCUCCCGCAAGCCUGCUUGCUCACGCUUGUGUAGCUGCUGGGAUGACCCUCCUAUUUCACCAUGAAAAAAAUGCUGAUUGUUGAGGAAAGGGAGCAGCCUUGCAUGUAGUGUAAGUUGUAGCCGUGCACCUCUCUGGUUAAUUCAUUCCUGUCCAUUAUUUGUCAACUUAUGGAUUUUGUUGAACUUAUCUGUCCCGUCGUUGUUUCUGACUGCGAAA